ACACAGUAAAACAGAAUGGAGCGAAUCUAGAGAAGUAAAAUCUUAGAGUAAAAUAACAAAGAGGAAAAAGAAAAAAGAAAAAGAAGCCCCAACUUUUCUUUUCCAGUUUCUUCAGACUCUCUGCACCAAGAUACAGAGGACCACAUCUCCAUUAACAUGGAACCAAAACCAGCAACUGAGCCCAAGAAAUCAUCUGUUUGGGUUCUUCCUUACAAGACUCAAAGCCUUCAGAGUCUUUACACAAUAGGCAAAAAGUUAGGCCAAGGUCAAUUUGGAACUACACAUCUUUGUAUAGAAAAAUCAAGUGGCAAUCUUUACGCUUGUAAGACAAUACCCAAAAAGAAACUGAUCUGUAAAGAAGAUUAUGAGGAUGUUUGGAAAGAGAUUCAAAUAAUGCAUCAUUUAUCUGAACACCCAAAUGUGGUAAGAAUAAAGGGUACUUAUGAAGAUGCAUUAUAUGUGCAUAUAGUUAUGGAGCUUUGUGCUGGUGGAGAGCUUUUUGAUAGGAUUGUUGAGAAAGGACAUUAUAGUGAAAGAGAAGCUGCUAAGUUGAUUAAAACAAUUGUUGGUGUUGUUGAGGCUUGUCAUUCAUUAGGUGUUAUUCAUAGAGAUCUCAAGCCUGAGAAUUUCUUGUUUCUCAGUUCUGAUGAGGAUGCUGCUCUCAAGGCCACUGAUUUUGGCCUCUCUGUUUUCUACAAACCAGGUGAAACAUUUUCAGAUGUUGUUGGAAGUCCUUAUUAUGUUGCCCCAGAGGUUUUAUGCAAGCACUAUGGACAUGAAUCAGAUGUAUGGAGUGCAGGAGUUAUCUUGUACAUAUUACUUAGUGGUGUUCCCCCUUUUUGGGCAGAAACUGAUAUGGGAAUAUUUCGUCAGAUACUGCGAGGCAAACUAGAUCUUGAAUCUGAACCUUGGCCUGGAAUUUCAGAUAGUGCCAAGGAUUUGAUACGUAAAAUUCUUGAUAGGAAUCCAAAGAGGAGGUUAACUGCCCAUGAAGUUUUGUGCCAUCCAUGGAUUGUGGAUGACACAGUGGCUCCUGAUAAACCUCUUGACUCUGCAGUUCUUUCACGCCUCAAGCAGUUCUCA